ACCUGGAUUUGAGUUUUACAACCGCCCCUCUCGCCCGUGUUUAUUCCGGGGCUGCACGAAGGAGGGGCCCCGCACGUGUCUUGAGCGUUCCCGUGGACUAGUUUUCUCGGCGGAGGUGCGGCCGGCUGCGCGACUGAUUGACUUUGUGGGGCUCUGAAUGGGAGCAGCAGUCGCCGUGUUGGGAGCGCAAGUCGGACGUGCCCCGCGCUCUCUUCGCCGGCCGAUUGAUUCCACUUUCUUGGGGACGGUGGGGAGCGGACACGCGACAAGAGCACCUCCAAAUCCUUCCUGGCUGCUCCCCUUCCCCCCUUUUCCUUUCAGCGAGAAGUCUUUCGGCGGAGAAACGUCUCGAAAAUGGCCCAGAUACUGCCCAUACGAUUCCAGGAACAUCUGCAGUUGCAGAACCUGGGUGUGAAUCCAGCCAACAUUGGGUUCAGCUAUCUGACCAUGGAAUCAGACAAGUUCAUCUGCAUCAGGGAGAAAGUGGGUGAGCAGAACCAGGUGGUUAUCGUGGACAUGUCUGACCCGUCCAACCCUAUCAGGCGACCAAUCUCAGCUGACAGCGCCAUCAUGAACCCCACCAGCAAGGUCAUCGCCCUGAAAGCUGCAAAGACGCUGCAGAUCUUUAACAUUGAGAUGAAAAGCAAGAUGAAGGCUCACUCUAUGACUGAGGAGGUCAUGUUUUGGAAGUGGAUCUCGGUAAAUACGGUCGCCUUAGUGACGGACACGGCUGUCUAUCACUGGAGCAUGGAGGGGGAUUCCCAACCAAACAAAGUAUUCGAUCGGCACGCCAGUCUGGCAGGAUGUCAGAUCAUUAACUACAGAACUGACGAACAACAGAAGUGGCUGCUGCUGAUAGGGAUUUCUGCGCAGCAAAACCGUGUGGUUGGGGCAAUGCAGCUGUAUUCGGUGGAAAGAAAAGUGUCGCAGCCAAUAGAAGGUCACGCUGCUGCAUUUGGGGAGUUUAAAGUGGAGGGGAACGCUAGUCCGUCCACCCUCUUCUGCUUUGCUGUGCGCUCACAGGCAGGUGGAAAGCUGCACAUCAUUGAAGUGGGUCAACCAGCUGCAGGAAACCAGCCAUUUGCAAAGAAAGCAGUCGAUGUGUUUUUCCCUCCAGAGGCCCAGACAGACUUUCCUGUAGCCAUGCAGAUCGGAAGUAAACACGGUGUCAUAUAUUUAAUUACCAAGUACGGUUACAUUCAUCUGUACGACCUGGAGUCAGGAGUGUGCAUCUACAUGAACAGAAUCAGUGCUGAGACCAUCUUUGUCACGUCGCCUCAUGAAGCCAGCUCCGGAAUCAUCGGAGUCAACAAGAAGGGACAGGUGUUGUCAGUCAGUGUUGAAGAAGAAAACAUUGUGAACUACGCAACGAACGUCCUCCAGAAUCCAGACCUGGCUUUAAGGAUGGCCGUGAGGUCCAACCUCGCUGGUGCCGAGGAGCUUUUUGCCAGAAAGUUUAACGCGGUUUUUGCCCAGGGAAGUUAUUCAGAGGCGGCGAAGGUUGCCGCGUCGGCACCCAAGGGUGUUCUGCGGACGGCUGAGACCAUCCGUAAGUUUCAGAGUGUCCCAGCCCAACCAGGUCAGGCAUCUCCACUGUUGCAGUACUUUGGUAUUCUGUUGGACCAGGGUCAGCUCAACAAAUUCGAAUCCCUGGAAUUAUGCAGGCCUGUCCUGCAGCAGGGCCGCAAGCAACUGCUGGAGAAGUGGCUGAAGGAGGACAAGCUGGAGUGCUCAGAGGAGCUGGGGGAUCUGGUGAAGGCUUCUGACCCGACCCUUGCUCUUAGUGUGUACCUCAGAGCUAACGUCCCCAGCAAGGUCAUUCAGUGCUUUGCAGAGACCGGCCAGUUCCAGAAGAUAGUCCUGUAUGCCAAAAAGGUUGGUUACACCCCGGAUUGGGUGUUUUUGCUGAGAAAUGUAAUGCGUGUCAACCCAGACCAGGGACUGCAAUUUGCUCAGAUGCUGGUCCAGGACGAGGAGCCACUCGCCAACAUCAACCAGAUUGUGGAUGUUUUCAUGGAAGGCAGCCUAAUCCAGCAGUGCACUUCCUUCCUGUUGGAUGCUUUAAAGAACAACCGCCCAGCUGAAGGACAUUUGCAGACACGUCUGCUUGAGAUGAACCUUAUACAUGCGCCACAGGUGGCAGAUGCAAUCCUGGGGAACCAGAUGUUCACACAUUACGAUCGUGGCCAUGUUGCUCAGCUGUGUGAGAAGGCGGGCCUUCUGCAGAGAGCCCUCGAACACUACACUGACCUUUAUGAUAUCAAGCGAGCUGUGGUGCACACACACCUGCUCAACCCUGAGUGGCUGCUGAACUUCUUUGGCUCUUUGUCAGUUGAGGACUCGUUGGAGUGUUUAAGAGCCAUGCUGUCGGCUAACAUCAGACAGAACCUGCAGCUCUGUGUGCAGGUAGCGUCAAAGUAUCACGAGCAGCUGGGAACUCAGGCACUCGUGGAGCUCUUUGAGUCCUUCAAGAGUUACGAGGGUUUGUUUUACUUCCUCGGCUCGAUUGUGAAUUUCAGUCAGGAACCUGACGUUCACUUCAAGUACAUCCAGGCAGCCUGCAAGACUGGACAGAUCAAAGAGGUUGAGAGGAUCUGCAGAGAGAGCAACUGUUAUGACCCAGAGAGAGUUAAAAAUUUUCUCAAGGAAGCCAAGUUGACAGACCAGCUUCCUCUCAUUAUUGUUUGUGACCGAUUUGACUUUGUCCACGACCUGGUACUCUACCUCUACCGAAAUACUCUGCAGAAAUACAUUGAAAUCUAUGUACAGAAAGUUAACCCUAGUCGAUUACCAGUGGUGAUAGGUGGCCUAUUGGAUGUGGACUGUGCAGAAGAUGUCAUUAAGAAUUUGAUUAUGGUGGUCAGAGGGCAGUUUUCCACUGAUGAGCUUGUGGAGGAGGUGGAGAAAAGAAACAGGUUAAAACUACUCCUGCCAUGGUUGGAGUCACGUAUCCACGAAGGCUGCGAGGAGCCAGCCACCCACAACGCUCUGGCCAAGAUUUACAUCGACAGCAACAACACACCUGAACGUUUCCUGAAAGAGAACACCUUCUACGACAGCGCUGUGGUGGGGCGGUACUGUGAGAAGAGGGACCCCCAUCUUGCCUGCGUGGCUUAUGAGAGAGGGCAGUGUGACAUGGACCUCAUCAAAGUCUGCAAUGAAAACUCCUUAUUUAAAAGCGAGGCUCGAUAUUUGGUGCGACGGAAAGACCCGGAACUUUGGGCCAACGUGUUGGAAGAGAACAAUCCCUACAGGAGGCCCCUCAUUGAUCAGGUGGUACAAACUGCGUUGUCAGAGACCCAAGAUCCAGAGGAGGUGUCAGUGACGGUCAAGGCAUUCAUGACUGCUGACCUGCCCAACGAGUUGAUUGAACUCCUGGAGAAGAUCGUGCUUGACAACUCUGUUUUCAGUGAACACAGAAACCUUCAGAACCUGCUGAUUCUGACUGCCAUCAAGGCGGAUCGUACGCGUGUAAUGGAGUAUGUGAAUAGGCUGGACAACUACGAUGCACCAGACAUUGCUAAUAUUGCCAUCAGCAAUGAGCUCUUUGAGGAGGCUUUUGCCAUAUUUAAGAAGUUUGAUGUCAAUACGUCAGCCAUACAGGUAUUAAUAGAACAUAUAGGAAACUUGGAUCGGGCCUAUGAAUUUGCUGAAAGAUGCAAUGAGCCCGCAGUAUGGAGCCAGUUAGCCCGGGCUCAGCUGCAACGAGACCUGGUCAAGGAGGCCAUUGACUCGUAUAUUAAAGCAGUGGACCCCUCGGCGUACAUGGAGGUGGUCAAUGCGGCCAGCAAAAAUAACAACUGGGAAGAUUUGGUCAAAUUCCUCCAAAUGGCUCGGAAAAAAGCGCGGGAAUCCUUCGUGGAGACGGAGCUGAUCUUUGCUUUGGCUAAAACAAACCGUUUGGCUGAAUUGGAGGAAUUUGUCAGCGGGCCCAACAACGCUCACAUACAGCAGGUGGGAGACAGAUGUUACGAGGAGGGAAUGUACGAGGCCGCUAAGCUCUUGUACAACAACGUGUCAAACUUUGCCCGGCUGGCAUCCACACUAGUUCACCUCGGGGAGUAUCAGUCUGCUGUGGACAGCGCCAGGAAAGCCAAUAGCACACGCACUUGGAAGGAGGUUUGUUUCUCAUGCGUGGAUGGCGAGGAAUUCCGUCUGGCGCAAAUCUGUGGCCUCCACAUUGUCAUCCACGCCGAUGAGCUGGAGGACCUGAUCAGCUACUACCAGGACCGCGGCUACUUUGAAGAGCUGAUUGCGCUGCUGGAGGCGGCUCUGGGCCUGGAGCGGGCGCACAUGGGCAUGUUCACCGAGCUCGCCAUUCUUUAUUCAAAGUUCAAGCCGGAGAAGAUGAGAGAGCACUUGGAGCUCUUCUGGUCCAGAGUCAACAUUCCAAAGGUCCUGCGUGCAGCAGAACAGUCCCAUUUGUGGGCUGAGCUGGUGUUCCUUUACGAUAAAUACGAAGAGUACGACAACGCCGUCAUCACAAUGAUGUCUCAUCCUACUGAUGCGUGGAAAGAAGGCCUUUUCAAAGACAUUAUUGCUAAAGUGGCCAAUGUUGAGCUGUACUAUAAAUCUCUUUCUUUCUACCUGGAUUACAAACCUCUUCUAAUCAAUGACCUGCUGAGUAUUCUGUCUCCACGCUUGGAUCACAAUCGUGCGGUCAACUUUUUCACAAAGGUGAAUGAGCUCAAGUUAGUAAAGCCGUACCUGAGGUCUGUCCAGAACCACAACAAUAAGUCUGUCAAUGAAGCCCUCAACAACCUGCUGACAGAGGAGGAGGACUACCAGGGCCUGAGAGCAUCCAUCGACGCCUAUGACAAUUUUGACACAAUCAGCCUCGCCCAGAGGUUAGAAAAACACCAGCUGAUUGAGUUUCGACGCAUCGCCGCUUAUCUGUACAAGGGCAACAAUCGCUGGAGACAGAGUGUAGAACUCUGCAAGAAAGACAAACUCUACAAGGAUGCAAUGCUGUUCGCUGCAGAGUCCAAGGAUGCUGAGCUUGCGGAGACCCUUCUGCAGUGGUUCCUUGAGGAGGGCAAGAAAGAGUGCUUUGCCGCCUGCCUCUUUGCGUCCUACGACCUGCUGCACCCUGAUGUGGUGCUGGAGCUGGCCUGGAGGCACAACAUCAUGGACUUUGCCAUGCCGUAUUUUAUCCAGGUCAUGAGGGAGUACCUGACAAAGGUGGACAAACUGGAGACAGCUGAAAGCCAGAGGCAAACUGAAGAGGAGGUGACAGAACCUCAGUCGAUGGUGUUCGGCCAGCAGCUGAUGCUGACGGGGUCUCCUGCUCCAGUGACUCCCCAGCCGGGGUAUCCAGGGUAUAGCUACCCCGUCAACGCCGCAGGCUACCCCGCCCAGCCCCCGUACGGCUUCCCCAUGUAGAGGAGCGAGCUGUCCUCUUCCUAGCCGUCGCACACACUUCGGAGCGCACCCUCACGGAACCGAGCCGCUCCCGAGUCUUUGAACUGAAACCUCACCUGCAAGCAGGCAACCACACCACUUCACUGAAACUGCAAUAACCGCUCCUCUUUGCUCCCCACCCAAAUCCUCGCUGUUACCAAGGGACGGUACCCACCCUCAUUCUACUUAAUUCUGCUCACUAUCCGAACCGUGCACUGAACUGCAGAACAAAUCCUCACCCACGACCUGUUAAUGUUACAUAGAUUUCUAGUGAGUCUGGUCUUGGUUCUAUGAUGAUGGCACUCUGCUGUGGCACGAGGGGCUCCGCAGGGUACUCACAAGGGUGAGGGAGAAACGGGCUUGUGUUGAAUCCCACAAUGUUCUGAGUUGAAAGAUACCUUGCAGUUGCUGUCUUUUCUCCUCUCACACAAAUUAUCAUCAAGCAACCCUGUGCUAGUAAUGUAUUGCGACCAUUGUCUGUCUGUCUGUGUGCGCGUUGUGAUGGUGGUGGUUGGGGGGGGUGUCGGCUUCAAACCCUCUAAGGGGCUCAUCACACAACCAUUAAGACACUUGGCAACAUCUUUCCUGGGAUCCAGCGGUCCGUAUCCCGAUCACUUGACUUUUACGAAUUGUCGAGUUUCAGGAGGAGGAAGUAAAACAGGAGGAUGAAAUAGUUUUAAAAUACAUGCUAUGUGCUGCAGUCUGUGCAUGUGCUGCCAAACUAUAAUGCUGCAAGCAGGAGCACAAUUUUCAUGUUUCACUUUAAGUAGCUCAAGUAUUAAUGAUAUGUCCAAUGGAUCUUUUUCAUGUGACUAAAAGAACAUUUGGGGUGAGACGGAGGAGGUGGAGAAAUGUGUGCUGGUGUCCUGGUACCAGCUAGGUCAACAAUAAUCAAUGUACUGAAAGCAAUGUAUAAUUUAAGAUAUAUUGAAAUACUAAACUAAUCAAAGAAUAUGAAAUACCAUAUGUAUUGUCUAUAGUGUCAUUGUAGUCUGGAAAAACGAUUUUUGUAAGAAAACAAGACAAAAAUGCUAAAAAUGGCAAUUAUUAAAAGCU